GUCCUUCCGGGCGCCUGGUGGCACCGCCCUCGCCACUUUCCCUGCUGUCCUGACCGGGCAACGGCCACCUUGGGGCGGAAGCCAGAGUGGAUUUUCCAGAGAAGAAGGCGAAGGCGGGACGCACACCGGGUGUGAAAUCACAAAUGUCGUCAGGUGAUGGAAGGUCCAGGAUUCGGGACAGGGGCUAUAGUGAGGUCCCAAGGGACACACCUUUUCCAGAUGGUACCAUACAAACCCUCCAGUCUCUACACAGCAGUGAGCUGGCUGUGAGCGCAGAUCCUCUGCCGCCUCCGCCUCUCCCGUUACAGCCACCAUUCGGCCCAGGCUUCGACUCAAGUGACACCGAGGAACCAGCCAUAGCACCGGACCUCAAGCCGGUGAGGCGCUUUAUCCCGGACUCCUGGAAGACCUUCUUCCGCGGGAAGACAAAGGACCCGGGAUGGGACAAGCCGGUGUCUGAUAUCAGAUUCAUCUCCGAUGGUGUGGAGUGUUCACCUCCGGCCUCUCCAGCGAACCCCCGCCCACCUAACUCUUACAAAGACCCUUCCGGUGGAGGGUCAGAAGGCACCUUUAAUUCCCGGCAAGAGGCAGACGCCAUGUUUCCAAACCACGACCCCUAUGCGUCCCUAGACCGGCACACGCAGACGGCGCGGACGUACAGUGAGAAAGUGGAGGAAUACAACCUGCGGUACGCCUACAUGAAGUCGUGGGCAGGCCUGCUGAGAAUUCUGGGUGUGGUGGAACUGCUUCUGGGGGCUGGCGUCUUCGCCUGUGUCACGGCUUACAUCCACAAAGACAACGAAUGGUACAACCUGUUCGGCUAUACGCAGCCCUAUGGCAUGGGAGGUCUGGGCAGCCUCGGUAAUACAUAUGGGGGUUACUACUACAGUGGCCCCAAGACCCCUUUUGUGCUCGUGGUGGCUGGAUUGGCUUGGAUCGCCACUGUUAUUAUUCUAGUGCUUGGCAUGUCCAUGUAUUACCGCACCAUACUUUUGGACUCUAACUGGUGGCCCCUGACGGAGUUUGGGAUUAACGUCGCCUUGUUUAUCCUGUACAUGGCUGCAGCCAUCGUCUACGUGAACGACACCAACCGAGGCGGACUCUGCUCCUAUCCAUUAUUUAACACGCCAAUGAACGCACUGUUCUGCCGGGUAGAAGGAGGUCAGAUUGCUGCCAUGAUCUUUCUGUUUGUCACCAUGAUAGUUUAUCUCGUCAGCGCCCUGGUCUGCCUAAAGCUGUGGCGCCAUGAGGCAGCUCGGAGACACCGGGAAUACCUGGAGCAGCAGGAGAUAAAUGACCCAUCGUUGUUGUCAUCGAAAAGGACAAUGUGUGAAAUGGCCACCAGUGACAGACAGAGAGACCAAGGAGUUAAUUUCAAAGAGUUGAGCACAACAACAAAAGUGACUCCUGAACUCCUGAGUGGACACAUCCCUCCCGGACACAUCCCUAAGCCCAUCGUGAUGCCUGACUAUGUGGCAAAAUAUCCUGUGAUUCAGACGGAUGACGACCGAGAACGCUAUAAAGCUGUGUUCCAAGACCAGUUUUCAGAGUACAAAGAGCUGUCUGCGGAAGUGCAGGCCAUCCUGAGGAAGCUGGACCAGCUGGACUCGGUAAUGAGCAGGCUGCCUCAUCACUCUGCAAACCAACAGGAACACGAGAGAAUUUCAAGAAUUCAUGAAGAGUUUAGGAAAAAAAAGAAUGAUCCUUCAUUUCUGGAAAAAAAGGAGCGCUGUGAUUACCUCAAGAACAAACUUUCACACAUAAAGCAAAGAAUUCAAGAAUAUGAUAAAGUAAUGAAUUGGGAUACGCAAGGUUAUCCUUAGACCCUGCUGAAAC